AUGGUUAUGCUCCAUGAAAUUUCUGAAGAAGCUUCAUCUUCUUCAUCAACUCAUCGUCAUGGAUAUGACGUAUUUUUAAGUUUUAGGGGACUUGACACUCGUCAUAGUUUCACUAAUCACCUUUAUAAUGCCCUCAUGCAUGCCAAUAUCAAUACCUUCUUGGAUGAUGAAGAGAUUGAAACAGGGGAAGAUCUGAAACCGGAGUUGGAGAGUGCGAUUAAAGCAUCCCGGGCUUCUGUUAUCGUGUUGUCCACAAAUUAUGCUACUUCCACCUGGUGUCUUGAUGAACUGGUGUUGAUCCUUGAACAACAUAUGAAAUACAAUCAUCUUGUAAUCCCCAUCUUUUAUCAUGUUGAGCCCACCAAUGUUAGAAAGCAACAAAGUAGCUUUGGAGAUGCAAUGGCUAAACAUAGACAGAGGAUGGAGGCAGAGACUGAUGCAAAUAAAAGAAGUAAUUUGGCUCAAAAGAUGGACCAGUGGAAUAAAGCGCUUACAAAAAUUGCUGAUUUAAAAGGGAAAGAUGCAAAUGGAAGGCCAGAGGCUGCGUUAAUUGAAGAAACUGUUAAGGACAUCCACCGUAGAUUACGCAUAUCCUCGAGGUUUCCACUACCUCAACUUAUUGGGAUGGAGGAUUCCAUUAAAUUCAUAAUUUCAUGGCUGAAAGAUGCAUCAUCACAUACGACUGAUAUACUCUCUAUUGUGGGUAUUGGUGGAAUCGGGAAGACGUCUAUAGCAAAAUACGUCUAUGCGUUACAUUCUCAUGAAUUUGACACAAGUGCCUUCAUUGAAGAUAUCAGUAGAAGAUGUGAUCGAAACUAUAAUGGGAUUAUUGGUGUACAGAACGAACUCUAUUACGAAAUUUCAAAACCAUGUUCAGUUCAAGUUCAUGAUGUUUCUAUGUACACUUCAAUGAUAGUGAAUGCAAUAGCUCAUAGAAAGGCGUUUCUUGUUCUUGAUGAUAUUGGUAGUCUCGACCAAUUAAAUGCGUUACUUGGAAGCAAAGAUUUUCAUCCAGGAACCAAAAUCAUAAUAACAACAAAGGACGCAUGGUUGACAGAGAGUUGUGAGCUAUUCAGAACGAACAUUAGACCAAAACCUGUAACAUACAAGAUUCAAGGCUUAUCUGAGAUUGAUUCACAAAAGCUUUUGUGUUUUCAUGCAUUUAUGUGCAACAAUCUCAAGGCAGAUUAUGAAGAGGUGUCAAAAAAUCUAGUAAAGUAUUGUCAAGGACAUCCAUUGGCUCUUAAAGUUUUGGGUAGGUCUCUACAUAAUCGAGAUGUAGGUUAUUGGGAGGGAUACAUAGACAGACUAAAGAAAGAAAAUGGCCCCUUUAUAAGUAAUGUCUUGAGAGCGAGCUAUGACUCUUUGCCAUUCAAGAAUGAUAAAGAGUUGUUUAAGCAUAUUUGUUGUUUUUUUGUUGGAGAGGAUAGAGAUGUUACCGAAACAAUAUUAAAUGCAUGUGAUAUGGACACAAGAUCCGGGAUCACAAAUCUUAUUGACAGAUGCCUUCUUGAUAUUUGGUGGAAUAACGAAUUCAUGACCAUCGAAUUAACGAUGCAUCAGUUGGUUCAAGAGAUGGGAAGAUUUCUGGUACGUGAGGAAUCAUCUGACAAGCCAUGGGAACGAAGUAGAUUAUGGUGUCAUGAGGAGUCAUUUAGAGUGUUGAAACAAAAUAAGGGUACGAAAAAUGUUCUAGGCCUCGCCCUUGACAUGAGAAUGCUUGAGAAAGAGAAAUUAUGUGGAUCGUGUGAGCUAAAAACAGAUGCAUUGAGUAAGAUGGAUGAUCUGAUGCUGCUAAAACUCAGUUAUGUGCAAAUAACAGGCUCUUACAAGAAUUUUCCAAAAGAAUUAAGAUGGUUGUGUAUGCAUGAGUUCCCGCUGAAGUAUAUACCUUCAGAUCUACCGAUGGAGAAUCUAGUUUCUCUUGACAUGUCAUAUAGCAAAAUCGAAUCAUUUGACAUUUGUUAUAGUAAUCCACAACCACUUCAUGAGAGGCUAAUGCAAUUGAUUGGGCCAUGCUUAUGCUUAUACUCAAAAGACAAAAGGCUGCUACGAUCACUGAAGAUUCUUAAUUUAAGUUUCUGUAAACAACUCCGUACUCUUCGAGGCUUUGACCACCUCCCUUCACUUGAGAGGUUAAUACUUAGGCGUUGCACUGGUUUGCUUGAUGUUUCUGAAUCAAUUGAAAAAUGUGAAGAACUUGUCCUUGUUGAUCUAAGCUACUGCAAAAAGCUUGUAAAUCUUCCCAAAAUUAUAAGCAUGUUAAAGAAGGUUGAUUCAUUGUCGCUAAAGGGAUGUAAUCUUGGUGAAUCUCAAAUUGGGAUUAGGGAUAUCGAUUCAACAGAAAAGCUCAAGGCUGACAAUAAUGGCAAAAACAUAAAAAGGCCUUCUUCCGCUGUUCUCAAGGCCAUACCAAGUGAUUUGAAGUUCCUUACGAUUCCUUUACCAAGAUCUUUAGUAAGGCUGUCACUUGCAGAUAAUAAUUUGUCUAACGAAUCCUUUCCCAUGGACUUCAGUUGCCUAGUCAUGCUAAAGGAGUUAUAUUUAGAUUACAAUCCCAUUGUUUCCCUACCUAAUUGUGUGAGAACCCUUCCUGGGCUUGAGAGACUUAGUAUGGUAGCGUGUAAUAUGCUGACGUCAGUAGAGCAUCCUCAAAAUACACUAAAAUUUAUGCAAAUCUAUAUAGAAUCUGAUGAGCCUAGGCUGCGAAAAGUUGCAUAUGAUCCUAAAAUCAAGAUGGUAAUAAACCGGGGAUCACUAGGAACUUCUUCAUUUGAAUUUGAAGGGAUGAUCAAAAUCCAACCAAUGGAGAUUGUUGAGGAAAAGAUAUUAUCCAGUUUAGGCUGGAAGAAGCUAGAAUUUCCUAUUGGACAGCGCAUGGCAGUUUUUUUCAUUGGUAGAAGAAAGGAAUCUGAAAUCCAGAUGUAUUAUGAAUUUGGAAUAUUCAGCACAAUUUGUGGAGGUGAAGAGAUGCCGAAUUGGAUUAUGGAUAGAAGCACAGGGCCAUCAAUAUCAUUUACAAUCCCAUCAUCUUUUACCAAGCUCAAAGGACUGAAUUUCUGUUAUGUGAUGAAAUCUAGAUUUAAUGUGACUCUUAAUUUGCCGGUGAUCAAAAUAUGUAAUAUAACAAAAAACCUCACCUGGAUGUACCAACAUUACAUUGAAGCGGUUGAGGUUGAUGGAGGGUGUUUGAUGUUUUUAAGCCAUUGGAUGUUUGGGAUGAAUGAGAUGGAAUGUGGUAACCAUGUUACUAUUACACUAAAGUCGAAUCCAGAUGAUAUUGUCAACAACGGGAGAAUAUGUCCUAACCAGAAGUCAAAUUUGGCGGCCUUACCCAUGAAUCUACUAAUAAUCCGAGUCUCUUUAAAGAUGGCAGCCAUGGCUAAGCUUUGUCACUCAACAGACUUACACUUCUGGAUCACCCGAAAUUUGCCAUCUACAGCUUUGCAAUUUCAGACUCUCUUAUUUUUAGUUUGUUUUCAUGUUUUCUAGUUGAAUUUAAAAAUGGAAUAAAGUUGUGCGGAAAAUGUGCUUUAUUUCAUCAUAUGGGGCUAAUUAAUUGUAUCUUUUCACAAUGUGCAUGAAAAGAAU